UGGACCGGGGGUUAUAGAAAACACUACUUAACGUCUUCUAAACCUAAAAGGAGAGUAUUCCACCUCCCAUUUGCAUCUGCUGAUGAUGGUGUGACUGUGAAUGGGAGCCCCCAAGCAAAAGCCAGUACAGACCUUGAGAAAAUGAGGAUGAAACUGAACAAGUCAUUGGAAGACGAAGAUAUUUGUGAUGGACUUCUCCAAUCUUUAUAUGAUGCGAGCAGGGUUUUUGAGCUUGCAAUUAAAGAGCAGAGCAUGUUUUCAAGAGCAUCUUGGUUUUCAACUGCUUGGCUUGGAAUAGAUCAAAAUGCGUGGGCAAAGACACUAUCAUAUCAGGCUGCUGUGUACUCCUUAUUGCAAGCUGCAAGUGAAAUUUCAUCCCAAGGUGAUCAUGGAGACAGAAAUGUCAAUGAACUUGUUCAGCGGAGUUUACUGAGGCUAUCUGCUCCCCUAGAGAGCUUAAUCAGAGAAAAGCUAUCGGCCAAACAGCCAGAGGCACAUGAAUGGUUUUGGUCUGAUCAAGUUCCUGCUGUUGUGACAUCUUUCAUCAACAAGUUUGAAGGAAAAAUUUGCUUCACAGCUGCCACUUCUUUGUCUGGAAAGAAAUUGUCUUCAGGUUUUGACAGCGGACAUGAUAUCUCACUUCUCAUGCUUGCACUAACCUGCAUUGCUGCAAUCACCAAACUUGGACCAGCAAAAGUUUCUUGUUCACAGUUCUUUUCUAUGAUUACGGAGAUAACUGGUGGUUUGAUGAACAAGCUGGCUGAUUUAAUUCCUAUAAGUCAAGCUUAUAAUUCUCUAAAGGAAAUUGGUCUACAUAGAGAGUUUCUUGUUCAUUUUGGUCCACGAGCUGCUGCAUGUAGAGCAAAAGUGGAGUGGGGUUCAGAAGAGGUUGCAUUUUGGGUAAAUCUUGCCCAGUUGCAGUUGCACAAAGCUAUAGAUAAGGAGAAAAUAUGGUCAAGACUGACAACAUCUGAAUGUAUCGAGGUUUUGGAGAAGGAUUUGGCUAUAUUUGGUUUUUUCAUUGCUUUAGGCAGGAGUACUCAAUCCUUUCUUUCUGCAAAUGGUUUUGAUACCCUAGAUGAUUCAGUUGAUGAUUGCAUCAGGUAUCUUAUAGGGGGCAGUGUUUUAUACUACCCCCAGCUCUCAACAAUAAGCUUGUAUCAAUUAUUUGUUGAGGUGGUUUGUGAAGAGCUGGAGUGGCUUCCUUUUUACCCAGGACACAACAGCACUGCAAAACAGUUAAAUGUGCAUAGAAGUAAACCAGAAGUUCCUCCAAAUGCUGAAGCAGUGUCCCAAGUAUUAGAAGUUUGCUCUCAUUGGAUGCAGAGCUUUAUUAAAUACAGUACGUGGCUGGAGAGUCCUUCUAAUGUGAAAGCAGCUAGAUUUCUAUCCAUAGGGCACAAGAAGUUGAUGGAGUGCAUGGAAGAACGUGGGAUGAUAAAGGAUAAGAAAUUAGAGAAUAAUUUCAAGAAAUUGUUUGAGAGAAAUAGAUCAGCCAUUUGCACAACUUCAGAAGAGUCGGCUUCUUUUGAGGAGGUUUCGUUCUUUUCCCAAAAUCUGGCAUUGGAGAGCGUUGAAGAAGCUGUGCUAAGACUGGAAAAAUUGCUUCAAGAGUUGCAUGUAUCAAGUGCUAGUUCUGGGAAAGAGCAUCUAAAAGCUGCUUGUUCUGACCUGGAAAAAAUAAGGAAGCUUAAAAAAGAAGCUGAAUUCCUUGAGGCAUCUUUCCGAGCAAAAGCAGAUUCUCUUCAACUGGGAGUUAAUGAUGGUCAGUGUCAUACUCCGGUUGAUGAGAUUCAAGGCUAUGUUAAAGGGAAAAACCAAAAUAAUGCUAAUGUAAGGGCAGACCGAACCAAGAGAAAUGUUGGCAAGUCUCAUGGGUUCUGGAGCAUCUUUGUAAAUCCUGUAAUCAGAAAACCUGAUCGGGAAUCUGAUGCAGAUACUUCUGAGAAUUAUAUUGAACUGCCUACUUCAAAUGUUGGUGUUGUGGACUUAAAAUCCAGUGAAAUCCGCCGCUUUGAACUUUUGAGGAAUGAGCUGAUAGAACUUGAGAAAAGGGUUCAAAGAAGCACCUAUCAAUCAAAAAACGAUGAAGAUACGCUAGUUGUGGAGGAUGGUGCAUAUGGUGAGGAAUCUGGGGGUAUUCGCGUGUUCCAGGCUUCGAAAAGAGGAGAUAUUAUAGAAAAAUCUAUCAGCAAACUAAAAGAAACAGGAACGGAUGUCUGGCAAGGAACUCAGCUUCUGGCUUUUGAUGUUGCUGCUGCCACAGGCUUGGUUCGAAGGGCCUUGAUAGGUGAUGAAUUGACAGAGAAAGAGAAGAAAACUCUUAAAAGAACCUUGACUGACAUGGCUUCAGUUGUUCCAAUUGGUGUUCUAAUGCUUCUUCCAGUUACUGCAGUUGGGCAUGCCGCCAUGUUGGCUGCUAUUCAGAGAUAUGUACCAGCUCUGAUUCCGUCCACCUAUGCACCGGAAAGGUUGGAUCUCUUGAGGCAGCUUGAGAAAGUGAAGAAAAUGACAACUGCUGUUGGGGACUCAGAUGGGAAAGAGGAUGAAGCUGACUCAUGAGAAGCAAUGCAUAUUUAUGUACAGCUAUGAUUACAUUCUUUGGUGUACAACUCGAGUUCGCCUAGUUCCCGAUGCUUGGAUUCGGCUUCCACAGCAAUGAGAUAUGUCCAAAAACUGCAAAAUUUUCAUGGUACAUCCCGUUGACAACAUCUAGUGUAAAUUGUGCUUAUAGUCCUUUUUUGUUUACAUAUCAACUCUGCUCGGUUUCCAUGAUCAUUUAGUCCUAUAUAUAUGUCUCCCUGGCGAGUUUCUAACAAGCUGGACGAGUUCAACCUUGUAAUUAAGAUGUAGAAAGUUGAAGAGCAAAAAAUGCUUGAAGAAUUUAGUAGAACUUUUUUCUUAAAAAAAAAAUACCAACUUGGCAGAUUGUAGCAUUCAAAUUAAUAGAUUGUAAUUUAUUGUUCUCUCUUGUAUAUUGCUACAUUGUAAUAUGAAUUAAUCUUCUAUGAAAAGUCAAAUGGCUUUAGAAUCU